UAAAGCAGCAGACCAUUUCAGCAUGGCGGGUCGCUCCGCCGUUGCUGGCUUCUUACCGGCGGGUUUUAGCUUUAACGUUAUAACCUCACCGUAGUUAUGCUCUUCGCUGCAAGGAGCCGCCCUGCAAUGGACUAAAGCGACAACAUGGUCUGACUUUAACGUUAAAGUGAACAGAGGAUACCGUGUGAUGGGAGUGCUAGCACUAGUAGGCUCCAGAGACGAGGCCGCCAUCAUAAGCAACUGAAGACUUAUUGAUGAUCACAUGGGCUACUGACCUGUGCUGACCCAAUGGUUUAAUCAACAGGACUAAAGAUGAGCAUAAGCAGCGAUGAGGUCAACUUCCUGGUUUACAGAUACCUCCAAGAGUCGGGCUUCUCCCACUCAGCGUUCACCUUUGGCAUAGAGAGUCAUAUCAGCCAGUCGAACAUCAAUGGAGCCCUGGUGCCCCCUGCCGCCCUCAUCUCCAUCAUUCAGAAGGGCCUGCAGUAUGUGGAGGCUGAAGUCAGCAUCAAUGAGGACGGGACCUUGUUUGAUGGACGACCUAUCGAGUCGCUGUCUCUGAUUGAUGCUGUUAUGCCAGAUGUUGUCCAGACCAGGCAGCAGGCCUACAGAGACAAGCUAGCUCAGCAGGCGGCGGCGGCGGCAGGCAGCAGCUCAGGAACACAGGGGACCUCCAAGAAUGGAGAGGGGGCCGCCAACGGAGAAGAAAACGGAUCACAUACCUUAGCCAAUAACCACUCAGAGACGAUGGAGGUGGACCAGGAUGUGGAAAUCCCACAGAAUAAAGCCGUGGUCCUCAGAGGCCACGAAUCGGAGGUUUUUAUCUGUGCCUGGAACCCAGUAAACGACCUCCUCGCCUCCGGGUCGGGAGACUCGACGGCACGGAUCUGGAACCUGAGCGAAAACAGCACGGGCGGAUCCACCCAGCUGGUUCUGAGGCACUGCAUCCGGGAGGGCGGCCAGGACGUUCCCAGCAACAAAGACGUCACAUCGCUGGACUGGAAUAGUGAAGGCACGCUACUAGCCACCGGCUCAUAUGACGGCUUCGCUCGGAUAUGGACAAAAGACGGAAACCUGGCCAGCACUCUGGGUCAGCAUAAAGGCCCCAUAUUUGCACUCAAGUGGAAUAAGAAAGGAAACUUCAUCCUCAGUGCCGGAGUGGAUAAGACGACCAUCAUCUGGGACGCACACACAGGAGAAGCGAAGCAGCAGUUUCCUUUCCACUCAGCACCGGCUCUGGACGUAGACUGGCAGAACAAUAACACAUUUGCCUCCUGCAGCACAGACAUGUGCAUCCAUGUGUGUAAGCUGGGCCAGGAAAGACCCGUCAAGACCUUCCAGGGACACUCGAAUGAAGUGAACGCCAUAAAGUGGGAUCCCACCGGCAGCUUGCUCGCCUCCUGCUCUGAUGACAUGACACUUAAGAUAUGGAGCAUGAAGCAGGAUUCAUGCGUCCAUGACCUCCAGGCCCAUAGUAAAGAAAUCUACACCAUCAAAUGGAGCCCCACCGGCCCUGGAACAAACAAUCCCAGUGCAAAUCUCAUGCUGGCCAGUGCUUCAUUUGACUCGACUGUGCGUCUGUGGGACGUUGAGCGUGGAGUUUGUAUUCACACUCUGACCCGUCACCAAGAGCCCGUUUACAGCGUGGCCUUCAGUCCCGACGGCAAGCACCUCGCCAGCGGCUCCUUCGACAAGUGCGUCCACAUCUGGAACACACAGACGGGGGCUUUAGUCCACAGCUACAGAGGGACGGGUGGGAUCUUUGAGGUUUGCUGGAACGCCACAGGCGACAGAGUAGGAGCCAGCGCAUCAGAUGGAUCGGUUUGUGUUCUAGACUUGCGAAAAUGAUACUUGCGUGGGGGAAGAAGCUAUGGACCGACUAGGAAUGUGUACAUAGCCAAAAAGACUGUCGCCGUCUGUCGGCCACACUGCUGUAGCCGUAUGGGAUUCUACGGCCGGAGCACGGACCACAUCGCGGGCUCGCCGUCUCUCACACCGUUAGACGUCGGUCAUCAGACACACAUAACAGGUCCAGAGUGCAUGGAUUGGAGGAAUCUAUCUCUGAUCAUUUGGACCCCACAGCAUCCAAAUCUCCAGGGUCUUUCUGUUUGUUUGAUUUUUGCAUUUUCAUAUAUCGAACAGUUUUAUUGUUCCCUGUUGGUUUGUGCAUAUUAUACCCAUCAGAUUUGCUGAGCUGCAUAGAGCUGAAUUUGGAUCUUUACUGGAUUUGUUUGAUGAAAAGUAAGCAGGAGGAAAGAGAGGAGAUUCAGACGGUCAUUCAUUUCUUCUCAUUUCGAGAUUUAUUGAUUUCUAUUUGAUUUCUUGAAUUAAAGUAAAUAACAUUCGUUUUCUGGUUCUGUCUAAGACCAGUGGUUAUAUGGAGUGAAUUUUGUUCCAUUAUUGUUGCAGGCAGGGAACGUGUAAAUGGAAAU